AUGGAUAAUGGAAGGCCUAAAAUAAGUGAUUAUAUCGAUUUAGUUAGUAAAGGAGGCAGCUUCAAAGACGUUCCAAUUUUAAUACCUACAACCUAUCUACAUUUAUAUUUCAGACUAGUAAUCCUUUUGAUCGCCGCCGCGGCAGCCGCGCCGCAAGACAACAGCAUAACCUUCAUAAAGACGAGCUUGCCGCGGUCCGAAGAGCCGUCGCCAACGCCCGAAGAGCCGGUGCCAGCGCCCUCUUAUGCCUCUUCACAUAUUGAGAACCUGCCGCUGAGCAGCCAAGAUGCCUCGGAUUACAGGACUGUAGAAUACAGCAGCAAACAGGAGUACCUGGAUACGUCAGCUGACACAAGCCAAGAUGAGCAGACCACGGAUUCCACGGAAGAUUCCACGUUGGAAGAAUCCACGGAAACCAACGAAGCUACUACGGUUACUGAGAGAUACCAGCCUAAAACUACGAUUACACCUAAGUUUCAGGUAAAAAAAUCCCCACCAAAGUUCUACUCAAAACUCAGCUACUUCGAGAAGCCAAGCUACUCCGCGCCCACCAACCUGGUGGACCGCUCCGCCAAACGCAAGUUCCGAUCCAACUGUCGGUGCGAGAAGAUCUCCAACUGUCCCAAGCUGCAGAUCACCGUGCCACGGUGUCCGGAGGAAUAUUUCUUGUGCUGCUUUUAAUAUGUUACAAUACCUUUAUUUAUUUAUGUAAGCCCUCUGGAGUUGCAGGUGUACAUAGGCUACGGAGACUGCUUAACAUCAGGCAGGCCGUAUGCUUGUUUGCCACCGACGUAGUAUAAAAAAAUAUAUAUAUUUUGUUCAAAAUAUAUGUACCAUCAACAACACAGUCAAGGGUCGGAACCGGUUUAUAAAAUACCGGUUUAUUUCGGUUUACCUCUGAACUUUUUUAACGCGAACGUUUUAAGAACUUUAUUGUAGCCUAAAGAACCGGUUUAUUCGACGAGCGACAAAACGGCCGGCCGGCCUGGUGGUGUGCCACGUAAACAUAGACACCGACAUAGGAAGAAACCUGUUUUUAUUACUUGAAACCGGUUAAUUUGACAAUAACUGUUCUCAUAAAAACCGGUUUGAAAAUAACGGUUUUUCGAGCAAACCCGAAAUUAAAAGGUUUUGCACCAAGUACAUGAUAACGGUUUGGAAAUUUAACCGGUUUCCGAGCCUUGAACACAGUUAUAGAUCUACCGCUUAUCUGAGAUGUUUGGUAAAGAAGUUGCGCGGUGAUUUAGUGGAAGUCUUGGGACCGGUUAAAUCUAAUUGACCGAAGCGAAGGUUUCAGCUUGGGCAAAAAUGCUUUCGUAUGUCCAAAUGUUCUCCUCUACAGGUCGCAAUUAUCAACCGAUUCUUGUAUAUCGUGAUUUUGUGAACAGCUUCGAUGAUUAAAUCGACUUUUUUUGUCGAUUCAGUAUUUGGGAAUUUUUCAAAAUGGCGGGAUGGCGAGGUUCCACAGAGCCACUAGUUUAUAUAUCCGAUUUUUAUUUACUUUAAAUAAUACAAAUCAGCCUUUAUAAUACUUACCAACCGUCUCGUGAUUCGAUAGACCUAUACCAAAGAGAAUUUGAAAUAGAGAUGGAUUGUCAAAGUAAAUUUUGUAGCCACAGUAAAAGAAUAAGGGUCUAAGUCGAAUAGCGUUCUAAAAGUUUUAAUCGUGUGUCGAAAGAUGGCAGUAAGUUUACUGUGGCUACAAAGUUUACUUUGACAAUCCACCUCUAUUUCAAAUUCUCCUUGCCUAUACCUAAAUGAAGAGAUUGAAGAGUUACGGAAGCAUCUACGUGUGGUAACAAAUUGUCUUACAUUUUCAAUCUUGUAAUUGAGCGGAGGUGAAUUGUGACAAAUAUAUUUAAAAAGUAAGGUCCAAUUAUCACCAGAGCGGCAAAAUUGACACAGUCUGAUAAUUGUCAUUAUUUCUCGCUGAUUGUAUGAAUUUUCUCGCUGCGCGACUUCUCGCGUUAAAGUGACGGGUGCAAGUUAUCAAAGACUUAUUUUAUUGUAUAGAAACAUAAAUUUUAAGUAUUUUAGUGUUAAGUCUCAACCUUAACACAUUCACUGCCGGGAACCCACCUGGUGGGCGCUCGUGAACUUUGUUCAGAUGCCGGACAACCCGCUGGGCGGGUUGUUUUGUACGCAGAUAUAGACCACCGGUUUCUGGGGUAGUGCGCCGGUUUUUGUCUGGCAGUGAAUGUGUUAAAGGCUUAGGGAAGGUUUUCUGUAUAUGAAAAUAAUUUUAUCAGUCGAUGGAAGGGUAAGCAACUAGAAAUAUAAAUUGUGUUCCGUAAACCCCACCGAAUACAGUUUCAGAAUGUUAGGUAUAAUUAUAACCACAAUGAACUAAAAAAUACAUUUGAUUUAUGAAACCAACAGUAUUGAAAUAUGAACCUUAUUAUUUAAGCAAGAACGUGUAAAAUUUAAUAAGCCAUACACUUUGUUCAAUUCGUCCAUUUUAAUCAAUUUAACCUUUUGAACGCCAGUAUUAUUAAAGUCGGCUAUUUUUGACGGCUAUGGCAGACUGGCAGGCAAAGGGUUGAACCACAACUGGGGUCAUAAUUAUAAAACAAUGAUAGGGACAAAGAGAAAUUGAAAUAGAGGUGGAUUGUCAAAGAAAACUUUGUAGCCACAGUAAAAUUACUGCUUUUUUCGACACAUGAUUAAAACUUAUAGAAUGCAGAAAAGUACCGUGGCUACAAAGUUUUUUAUGACAAUCCACCUCUAUUUCAAAUUCUCUUUGAUAGCAAUAAUAUGUGUACAGGUUUUAAAAUAUUGUUAAUUUAUAAAAAAUAAAACAUGAAAAAACGA